ACUCGCACGUUCCUCAAUAGCGGACAUCUUCACUAGUGGCUAAAGCGGCUAGCUAGUGGGGUUCAGCUAUGUUUAGUGAGGAUUAGCGUGGUUUAUUAGAUUAAAGACCAUCAUGUCUGUGUUGGAAGGUGGCGUAUCGUGUGGUGUAACGUUAGAUGUGGAAAAUAAUGGUACAGUUAAUCCAGAUUCAGUGCAAACAGUACAAAACACUAACGCCCCUAGUUGUGAUGUGGAAGACACGGGCAAUGACAAUGAACUUCUAAAAGGCCUUUUGACAGAUACCUUCUGUCAGGUGUGUGAGGCAGUGCUGCUGUUUGAGUCUCAGAGAGUCUCUCAUUAUGAGGGGAAAAAACAUGCUCAGAAAGUCAGACUCUACCUUCAGACUAAGAAAGCAGAAAGGAUCAUGCAAAGUCAAGCAAAUAGCAGCUUUCAGAGCAUUAAUGUGAAUCCUGAGAAGUUCUGUGAGCUGUGUAACAUGGUGUUCAGCUCCCCGGUGGUUGCCAAGUCGCACUAUGAGGGUAAAGUUCAUUCCAAGAACAUGAGAAAAAAUGACACCACACCCACUACAGAUCUCAAGACCACAGCAGGUCCUGUGACUGUGCCAGUGGCUCCUCAGGAAGGUGCUAUAGAAAGUAAAGCAGAUCAGGAGCUGAAGGACAGUCCUGAUUCUCCUCCGCAGGAGGUCAACCUCAACGACCCCGACAAAUACUGCAAGCUGUGCACAGCCUCGUUCAACAACCCUGUUAUGGCCCAGCAACACUACAGCGGUCGCAAGCACCAGCGCAACCAGGCUCGCCAGGAGAUGCUCGGCAAACUGUCCUCGGAGUCUGAAACUGCAAACACUCUAACAUGUCCAGUGUGCUGUGUGACACUCAGCUCUGUGGAAACAUAUGAGGCUCACAUGCAGGGCAACAAACACUUUGUGAAAGAAAAGAAGACAGUUGGUUUAUGCAAAUCUCAGAAGAAGGUGUACGACUCGUUUCAGGACGAGUUGGCCGACUACAUCCAGGUGCAGAAAUCUCGGGGGUUAGAACCCAAAGCAAAAGCAGAGGAGGAGCUGAAUGACAGUGAAUCGCUUGGGGAGGAGCCAGAAAUGCCUCCUCCUUCAUCACGUCUGCCUCCUCCUCCUCCUCAUCUCUCUGCUCUUCCUUCUUUCCGUCCACCACAGUGGCGCCCACCAUUUCAACCUCAAACUGGUCUUUUUGGCUACAGGGGCAGGUUCCCAACGCACUUAAUGCAGCACCAGUGGGGUCAAGGCUACCCGCCACAUCCCCCUCCUCUUAUCCCUGGACUUACAGGUAGAUCAUUUCGUCGGGGGCGGAGUCCAAGCUCAUUUAGCUCCUCCUCCUCAUACUCUGACUCCUCCUCAUCCUACAGUAGCAGCACCAGCAGAAGUCGUAGCAGCAGCAGUGACAGUGGCAGUGACAGCAGCAGUGACAGGAGAAGACAGAGGACGAGAAAGAGAAAAGAACGAAUGAUGAAGAGGAGGAGAGAGCAGGACGAUGACUCCAACAAAGAUGAGAGAAGAAGGAGCAGCAAGAGGAGGCGACGGGGAAGAGAAGACAAGGAGGAGGAGGAGGAAGGACACACAAAUAAAGCUAAGAGAGAGAAGAAAGUGGGUUUUGAGAAAGAUGAAGAUAAAGAAAGGAGAAAACGGAAGGAGAAAAGGCACAGAGGAGGAGACUCGAGUGAGGAAGAUGAGCACGGGACUAAGAGAAGACUUGGCAAGAAGAACAGGAGAGAAAAAGAAGUACGUUACGGAAAGAGAAGGCGGGAGGAGGAUAAAGAGGUGGCCAGGGAAGAGGGAGAAGAGCAGAGAGAAGGAGUGCAGAUUAAAGGAGUGCAGUCCACAGCAGGGGAGCCUACAGAAGAAAGGACUGAACUUAGAAGAGAGGAGAAAUCAAAGCGCAAAAAAGAGAAGAAGAAAGCGAAGGGAAAGACAGACGAGGGAGACAAAAGGACAGAAGAGGAAAAGCUCUGGGAUGAAACUAUUUUGGGCAUAUUUUGAUUUUUUUGUGAACUAUGUCCUGAUCUUUUGCUCUGCACUGGUCUCAGAUCAGUGCACCCUUGCUUGACAGACUAUAAUGUGAAUCAGGACAGAUUUAUUUAUGUCUACCUUGUUCACAUUUGGCAUUAGCAUGUGUCCAAAGCUCAUGUGUGAACGGUAUAUAGUUUUUUUUGUUGUUUUUUUUGAGGAUGCUCCAUAAUACGAUCAAUCAAACCACAUUGGGAGAUGGUCAGAGAUAUAUACUCAGUGCGUCCCUGACAGCAAAGCCCUGCUAACAUUAAUCAUGUCACUUUAAACAUGCACAUUAAGCAUAAGAUCAUACUGUCCAUCAGAGUUAGCUAAGGAUGCUAAAAUAACAAGCUAAUGGAUGUAACUGACAUUUGAACAAGCAAAAUCUAAGGUCCUGUGUCUCGAUUCAGGCUGAUUAUUCAUUGCAAAGAAACAUUAAGCACUCUAAGUGCAGUAGGCCCCAAUCACACAUUUAAAUGAGAAAUCCAGUGUGAAAUAGACUUGGUUGUAGUGAAACACAAUAACAAGUACAAACUUUUGUUAAAUAGUCCACCUCCAUUCACCCCCAGCAUUCCCAAAUACUCUACUUUUAGCCAAUGCUCCCAACAGGCUCACACUGCUAGUGAUAGGCACAUUGCAUUGCCCAUGCAAAGAAAUCACUUUUUUACACCAUUAAUAAGCUCAAAUUAGCUUUAAAUUAGAACUUUGAAAGUGCACAGGUUGCUUAUUAACAAUAAACUCAUAUUAACAACAAACAAAACUACAGCUGAUAUAUUACGUGAAUUACUAAGCGCUAGUUUUGGUCAGGAGUUGGCUAAUAUAUUGCAACGAUGGCAGAAUUCAAGGGUUAUUAAAAUUGCAAACUGCGAGGCUCUGAGUGCUCCAGCGGACUAACGCAAUGCCACUAUUAUCAGGAGAUUGCGGGUUCGAAUCCCAGUCAUACAGCUUGCCGUCAGCUGCCGGAGCCCUGAGAGAGCACAAUUGGCCUUGCUCUCUCUGGGUGGUAGAUUACAGUAGAUGGUGCUCUUUCUCCUCAUCACUCCUAAGGUGAUGUGGAUCAGCACAAGCCUGCAUCUGUGAGCUGAUGUAUCUGUGAUGCUACUCGACAAGGCUGUUUCAGAUGUAUUGAAGGAGGCAUGUGCUAGUCUUCACCCUCCUGGCGUUAGGGCAUCGCUAAUAAUAGGGAGAAUGCAGCUGAGUAGGUGGGACUAUCUAAACAAGCUAAAUUUGUGGAAAAAAUAGAAGAGACUAUAGUUAUCAUGACUCAGAAUUUAAUCAAUGAAUUGUGGAGCUACUUUUCUAAUCAUUCUAAGCCUGUUGGAAGCAUCAGCUAAAAGUGCUGUAUUUUGGAAUGCUUGCUAUCAUGUUUCACUGCACCCCAAGUCCAUUUCACACCUGAUUUCUCCUUUACAUACUAGGUAUUAACGGCUAUGUUUUGGCAAUCAUUUGUGAUCAUAUUACCCAGCACAUAUAUUAAUUACAAGUGUGAACAAGGGCCACACUUUUUGGUUUAUCAGUGUUUUGGUUUAUCUUUUUGUUCCAGUGUUCUUCUACAGAACCUCACUUCUGUUUUUCAGAGCUGAAAUCAUGGUGAUUUGUAUUAUGUAUUGUUGAUAUACAGCUCUGGAAAAAAAAGACCUCUUCUGUUUCUGAAUCAGUUUCUCUGAUUUUGCUAUUUAUAGGUUUAUGUUUGAGUAAAAUUAACAUUGUUGUUUUAUUCUAUAAACUACAGACAACAUUUCUCCCAAAUUCCAAAUAAAAAUAUUGUCAUUUAGAGCAUUUAUUUACAGAAAAUGAGAAAUGGCUGAAAUAACAAAAAAGAUGCAGAGCUUUCAGACCUCAAAUAAUGCAAAGAAAACAACAAGUUCAUAUUCAUAAAGUUUUAAGAGUUCAGAAAUAAUCAAUAUUUGGUGGAAUAACCCUGGUGGUUUUUAAUCACAGUUUUCAUGCAUCUUGGCAUCAUGUUCUCCUCCACCAGUCUUACACACUGCUUUUGGAUAACUUUAUGCUGCUUUACUCCUGGUGCAAAAAUUCAAGCAGUUCAGUUUGGUGGUUUGAUGGCUUGUGAUCAUCCAUCUUCCUCUUGAUUAUAUUCCAGAGGUUUUCAAUUUUGUAAAAUCAAAGAAACUCAUCAUUUUUAAGUGGUCUUUUAUUUUAUUUUAUUCCAGAGCUGUAUAUGAUCUGCUACUAUAAUGACCACAAAUGUAUUUGCACAGUCAACAUGCUUAACCCACGUUGACGUUAGGGCUAAGCGAAUGUAUCUUCUCACACUCUAACAUUAAAUAAACAGCAUUAAUUACUAAA